AUGUCCUUCCUACUCUGUGUUGCAAUCACUGGUUUGCUUUGCCGUUUCCAGAACAGAAGGCAACUUGAAGUCCACCCUGGGCAUCUUGAUGACCUGAGCUUCUGGCAUGAAGCCUGGCGCGUGACGGUGCUCAAUGAGCCAUCUUCGUUCCUGUGGCGGCCUGCUGGGAACGGGACUUCUAAAACGACAAGUAAGUCUGGAAGUCUGUGGUCCAAGGCCAUUUUUGCUGGCUAUAAACGGGGUCUACGGAACCAAAGGGAACACACUGCUCUCCUGAAAAUUGAAGGUGUAUAUGCUCAAGAUGAAACUGAAUUCUAUCUAGGCAAGAGAUGUGUUUAUGUGUACAAAGCAAAGAAUAACACAGUAACUCCUGGUGGAAAACCUAACAAAACCAGAGUAAUCUGGGGAAAGAUAACUCGAGCUCAUGGAAACAGUGGCGUGAUUCAUGUCAAAUUCGGAAGUAACCUUCCUGCUAAGGCCAUCGGACGCAGAAUCCGUGUGAUGCUGUACCCUUCGAGGAUUUAAACUUCUUGAAAAUAAAUAAAAGUGUGGAUUUGUUAA